AUCGCCAUUCUGACUCCGAAUCUGAGAACGACAAACCCAAACCUGCAGUGUCCCCAGACCACCACUCAGACAGCGACUCCGAUAACGAGGAACCAAAACCUGCAGCAUCCUCAGAUCGCCACUCUGACUCCGACUCUGAGAAUGAGAAACCCAAACCUGCAGUGUCCCCAGACCACCACUCAGACAGCGACUCCGAUAACGAGGAACCCAAACCUGCAGUGUCCCCAGACCACCACUCAGACAGCGACUCCGAUAAUGAGGAACCAAAACCUGCAGCAUCCUCAGAUCGCCAUUCUGACUCCGACUCUGAGAAUGAGAAACCAAAACCUGCAGAAUCCCCAGACCGCCACUCGGACAGUGACUCUGAUAACGAGAAACCAAAACCUGCAGUGUCCCCAGACCACCACUCAGACAGCGACUCUGAUAACGAGAAACCAAAACCUGCAGUGUCCCCAGACCACCACUCAGACAGCGACUCUGAUAACGAGAAACCAAAACCUGUUGCGUCCCCAGACCGCCACUCGGACAGCGACUCUGAUAACGAGAAACCAAAACCUGUUGCGUCCCCAGACCGCCACUCUGACUCCGAAUCUGAGAAUGAGAAACCCAAGCCUGCAGCGUCCCCAGACCACCACUCUGAAAGUGACUCUGACACAGGAACACCAGCCAGACGCAGGGCAGCACAGAUAGACUCUGACCAGGAGGAGAAACAGGAGGAGCAAGGAGGAGGAGGCAAGUGGAAGGGUGUGAUGCAGUCUGACAGUGAGGAGGAGGAGGAGGAGAGAGGAAGACAGAAGAAAGCUGCCGCUGGAAGUGAUGGAGAGGAGCAGCAACAGGAAGAAGACAAGCAGCAGAGAGACGACAGCGAAGACGAGAAGCCAGGUACUGAGAUCUGCUCAAGCACACACCUGAUCUUCAUCAUCAGUGAUGAAGAUCAGUUUAUUACCUGCAGGAGAGAAACAUAACUGCACAGACCCAUC